AUGGAGAUAACAUACGCCUCCUCCAGUCUACCGGACCUCUCCUCCAUGGCCAGGACUCCGGCGACGGUGACGACUCGUCCCGUCAAAGUCAUACCUUUCCAGCACCCAUACAGCGCCGCCGAUGCAACGCCUACCUCGUCUUCGUCUCCCUCCUCGCCGUUUUCGAGAUGGAGAACGAAGAUGAAGCGGAUGAAAACGGUUGAUUGGAUUGAUUUCUUCCUCCCUUGUUCCCGGUGGAUUCGUACUUAUAAUUGGCAUGAAAAUCUCCAGCCUGACCUCAUCUCCGGCGUCACAGUCGGGAUCAUGCUCGUUCCUCAGUCUAUGUCAUAUGCAAAGCUUGCUGGACUUCAACCAAUAUAUGGACUUUAUACUGGAUUAGUUCCUGUAUUUGUGUAUUCCAUAUUUGGAUCAUCCCGCCAGCUUGCUGUUGGUCCAGUAGCAUUGGUUUCUCUACUGGUCUCUAAUGUCCUAGGCGAUGUUGAUUCAUCUGCUGAAUUAUAUACAGAACUUGCGAUAUUGCUGUCACUCAUGGUUGGGAUUCUAGAAUGCACAAUGGGGAUCUUGAGGCUUGGAUGGCUCAUCCGUUUUAUCAGCCACUCAGUAAUUUCUGGCUUUACAAYUGCUUCAGCCUUUGUUAUUGCCUUAUCUCAAGCAAAAUAUUUCCUGGGAUAUAGUGUGGACAGAAGUAGCAAAAUAAUUCCAUUGGUCAAGAGUAUAAUUGCAGGAGCAGAUAAGUUCUCAUGGCCUCCUUUCAUGAUGGGGUCCUCUAUCCUAGCAAUUAUUUUGGUCAUGAAACAUUUGGGGAAAACAAGGAAGAAAUUGCGGUAUCUGCGAGCAGGCGGUCCCCUCACUGCUGUUGUUCUGGGUACAGCCUUUGUGAAAAUAUUUCAUCCCUCUUCCAUUUCUUUGGUAGGAGAUAUACCUCAAGGGCUUCCACCAUUUUCCAUCCCUAAAGAGUUCAGUCAUCUGAAGUCCUUAAUCCCGACUUCACUUCUCAUUACUGGUGUGGCUAUACUGGAAUCUGUGGGGAUUGCUAAAGCCCUGGCAGCAAAGAAUGGAUAUGAACUUGACUCAAAUCAAGAGUUAUUUGGUCUUGGUGUGGCCAAUAUUUGUGGGUCCUUUUUCUCAGCAUAUCCGUCAACAGGUUCCUUCUCAAGGUCAGCAGUUAAUCAUGAAAGUGGAGCAAAAACUGGUUUAUCAGGAAUUGUCAUGGGCAUUAUUAUGGCUUGUGCUCUGUUGUUUAUGACACCAUUAUUUGAAUUUAUACCUCAGUGUGCUCUUGCUGCUAUUGUAAUCUCUGCUGUAAUUGGGCUGGUGGAUUAUGAUGAGGCUAUAUUUUUAUGGCGGGUAGAUAAAAAAGAUUUUUUUCUUUGGGCAGUUACUAGUACAACAACGUUGUUCCUUGGGAUCGAGAUUGGUGUCCUUGUUGGGGUUGGUCUUUCUCUUGCUUUCGUGAUCCAUGAAUCAGCAAAUCCACAUAUUGCUGUGUUGGGGCGACUUCCUGGCACCACCGUUUAUAGGAACAUCCAACAAUACCCAGAAGCAUAUACAUACAAUGGCAUUGUAAUUGUUCGAAUUGAUGCACCUAUCUACUUUGCCAAUACAAGCUAUAUAAAAGACAGGCUGCGGGAGUUUGAACUCGUGGUUGAUCAAUCUUGCAAACGGGGACCAGAAGUUGAAAGAAUAUAUUUUGUAAUCUUGGAGAUGGCACCUGUUACUUAUGUGGACUCCAGUGCAGUUGAAGCACUAAAAGAUUUGUUUCAAGAAUACAACUCAAGAGACAUCAAGAUAGCUAUUGCCAACCCGAACAAAGAUGUACUCUUGACGCUAACAAAAUCUGGAUUCAUCGAUCAAGUGGGUAAAGAAUGGUGUUUUGUGAGAGUGCAUGACGCGGUUCAAGUAUGCCUUCAGCAUGUCCCGACUGCACCAAAAGUUCCCGAAUCAUCUCUGGACAAAACUUCGAGAUUCUUAGAAAGAUUAGGCAUGAGAAGGAAGGAGGAUUUAUCGACAUCUGAAAUGGAAUCGGGUGAAAGAGAUACCGUAAUAUCUAAAGAUUCCGACCCUCAACUGGAACCAUUGUUAUCACGAAAAUCUCACAAAUGAUUUCACAUCAUAUAUUACUAUUCAUUUGCAUUAAACUCCGAAUCAUAUAAUAUAUUCUUGUGACCAUGAUUCUUUCUAGGAUUCUUAGUUUCUGUAAGCUGUUUGUGUUGUGCAUAAUUCCUGGCUUCGCCUGGUGUCGUGUUGCCUGGCUGUGAACAUUUUGAGGGUGAUGAUCAUUGGUGUGUAUAUUUCGCAAACUAUAAUUUUUUGUAUGGUCUAUGAAAAUGUAGCAAAGCUCAUUGGUAUGGGUUUGAAUGACAAAAGUGUGCAUCUUUGUGUAC